AUGGAUUUAAGGUCCUCCAUUAGAAACGUGGACUCAUCUGUGAAAAAAAUACUCAUAAGUGACACACUGGGCGAAGUAGGAUUUGCAUGUACUCAUAAGCGACAUAACAAUGUACUACUACUGUACAAAACAACAUCAAGCGUCGACACAAGGUACUACUAUUAUCAAAAACAAUACGAAGCGACAUCACAAUGUACUACUAUUAUCAACAAACUGAAAUUAAUACUACUGCAACCCGAUUUGGGUAAUCGCUGCUCUACUCCCAUAUUUAGAUUAUUACUAUUUCAUUCGCCUCGUCGCUCUUUUUACUCUUUUGACAAGAUGAAGACACCUAUUCGAAGAAUAAAAAAGAGUAGGAGGAGAAGAAUAGCAAGGACGCUUUUCAUUAUGAACAGCAGAAGUAUUUAUUCUCUCUUUUUGGUUUACAGACAAAUAGAUGAAAUCGUCGGCAUGAAGAUAGAACAUUGUUGCCGUGGUAGCACCUCUCGUUCUCACGUGUUCGUGGGUGUGGAGCGGCGUCACCUCUGGAUGCGUCCAGGUCAGAGAAAACAUCCGUUCGGGUCUGCAAAAAUGUGAACACAUAACUCGUGGGCAGUUAAAAGACUCUUGGGCAGUUCGUUGCACGCCUGGCAGUCGCAAAGGAAGGGGGAGCCGGCUGCUCGUACGAGACAAGUGGGCAAGGACGGGGUCGCCAGCGAGGCCAGGGCGUGCCGAUUCAGGCGCGAGCUGCUCCGUGUGUCUGUGAGUACGGGCGCCUACCUACGAGCGAGGCCAAGGGGGGGGCGCCGUGUGAGUCGAGUCUUGCGAGUGCGAGGGAGUCGCCUCUUGCAAGUGUGAGGCGUUUCGUGUGAGUAUAGGCAGCGGCUCGCGAGUGUGCAGACCGUUUACGUUUCGCGCAUGUGUUUCCUUGUUUAUCAAAAGAAUAAGCGCGAUACAUAGGGAACAAACUAAAUAGCUUCAUACNCGAGGCCAGGGCGUGCCGAUUCAGGCGCGAGCUGCUCCGUGUGUCUGUGAGUACGGGCGCCUACCUACGAGCGAGGCCAAGGGGGGGGCGCCGUGCCGCGUCGAUCUUGCGAGUGCGAGCCGCGUCCAUCUUGCGAGUGUGAGCCGCGUCGUGCGAGUGUGGGUCGCUCCUUGCGAGUGUGCAGACCGUUUACGUUUCGCGCAUGUGUUUCCUUGUUUAUCAAAAGAAUAAGCGCGAUACAUAGGGAACAAACUAAAUAGCUUCAUACGAAAGGAUAAGAAGCUGAAAUAUAUCCAGGAAGUUGAAGGAGUACUCAAUGAGAAAAAGAAGCAACAGUAACAGUGAAUUACCCAAGAAGAAUGUGGUUCUUGCGACGAAAUAUGAGCACCAAACGCAUCAUAUGCUCUUACUCAUGUUCUUCUUGUUGAUGAAAAAAUCAAGGGUCAAAG